AGCCAGGAAGCGGUGUUGCGCGUGCGCGCUUCCUCCGCGCGGGCUCGAGUGGUGUGCAGCUCCCUGGUCUCUGUCGUCCCCGCCGCAGCCCCGACUCCCGGUCUGGGACAGUCGAACCCAGAGCUCGGGAUGUUCCCAGAACUCAAUAACCUUCUCAACACCACCCCUGACAGGGCGGAGCAGGGGAAACUGACUCUACUCUGUGAUGCCAAGACAGACGGCAGCUUCCUUGUGCACCACUUUCUCUCCUUCUACCUCAAAGCUAAUUGUAAAGUCUGCUUUGUGGCACUCGUCCAGUCCUUCAGUCACUACAAUAUCGUGGGAAGGAAGUUGGGUGUCAGCCUGACUGCGGCCCGGGAAUGUGGGCAGCUUGUGUUCCUCGAGGGACUUAAGUCUUCGGUGGAUGUCUUCUUCCGGGCUCAGGCAGAGCCACACCCCCUGCAGUUCCUCAGGGAGGCCGAUGUGGGGAACCUGCAGCCCCUGUAUGAGUUUGUCCGAGAGGCUCUGAAGCCCAUGGAGGACGGACAGGCCACCUGGAGGUACCCGGUCCUGCUGGUGGACGACCUCAGUGUGCUGCUGAGCCUGGGCCUGGGGGCAGUAGCUGUGUUGGACUUCAUGCACUACUGCAGAGUUGCUGUGUGCUGGGAACAAAAGGGAAACAUCGUGGCCCUGGUACAUGACAGUGGAGACGCCGAGGACGAGGAGAAUGACAUCCUCUUGAAUGGCCUUAGUCACCAGAGCCACCUGAUCCUGCGGGCCGAGGGCCUGGCUACGGGCUUCUGCAGGGAUGUGCACGGGCAGCUGAGGAUCCUCUGGCGGACACCAUCACAGCCUGCGGCCCAGCGGGACCGGAGCCUCACUUACCAGUACAAGAUACAGGACAAAAGUGUGUCCUUUUUUGCCAAAGGAAUGUCUCCUGCUGUUCUGUGACCUGAUUGAGGAGCACAUGGAGUGACCUUGGACCAUUUUCAGAUGUGAAAGAUAGAGCAAUGGGUCAGAAUGGACCUGUACACCUUUGAAGUGGCAUUUCAGCCUGGACCGGCAGCCCCGCUGCGGUGCGGGGCAGCGGAAUGGGGCCGUGAUGGACGCCCUCGUUCCCCAGGGCCCUGGGCAGAAAACGCAGAGGGAGUGGUUAUCCAGCCUCUGCAGAGAGAGAUGCCACAUGUCGAACCCAGGUGAAAAUGGUGCUGGGAGCCUUCCCUUAAAUACGCUUAAAUGUGCUUUCGCCUCGACCACCCAGCAGGGGUAUGAAUGUGCCAGCUAGGAGAUGGUCCCGGGUGGCAGGCACCUGAGGGACACCGUGAGUAAUCGUGGCUGGCAUGAGGAGAGCCCCAUAUCUUGGCUUCCUCGUGAUGGGCUGUCACAUUUCAUUUUUACUUGCAUCCUGCAGAGGUAUUUGCCCUUCAGUCCAGUAAGAAAACCAGUUUAAAGAGGCUUGGCAGUGCACUCAAGGCUGGAGAGCAGCUGUAGGCACCAAAGCCUGACUGAAGUCUGCACUUGCUGACCGAGCCUCCCAGAAACCAGAGGCGCCACUCGGUUCACGGCUUCCCUCCCUCCUGGUUCUGGGGUCCCUGGCACGUGAUGCUUCCUGGCUUGGUGGGAGGGGUAAGGAGUGUUCUUGCUGCCAGGAGGGAUGGCGCCUUGGCAAGUUGCUGCCUCCCUCACCUGCGAAAACCAAAGAGGUGAGCUCUAGCCCCAGUGUCCCAUAGAUGCCCGUCAGUCAAGAUGGGCGCAGGGUAGACCCCAGGGGCAGUCCCUUAAAGUGUGUACAUUUUUAUUGCAUGCUGAUUAUACCGCAAUGAAUUUGAUUUAAAAAAAAAAUAAAAUGAACACUGCUCUGCAGGGACUGAGGAAAUUUAUAUCUGUUUUCAAAAUUCCACUUCUCGGGACGCCUGGGUGGCUCAGUUGGUUGGACGACUGCUUUCGGCUCAGGUCAUGAUCUUGGAGUCCUGGGAUCGAGUCCCGCAUCGGGCUCCCAGCUUCACAGGGAAUCUGUUUCUCCCUCUGACCUUCUCCUCGCUCAUGCUCUCUCUCACCUCCUCUCUCUCAAAUAAAUAAAUAAAAUCUUUAAUAAAAUAAAAUAAAAUAAAAUUCUACUUCUCACAUUUUUUAGUUUUUGUAAAAGGGAACAAUUCAUUGCUCCUCCCCUCAAGUCAUACCGUUGUGUUGGUUAUCCUACUAAUAACCAGUAAUAGUAGCUACUUUUCUUCCCAAAAUAUCACAGACCUGAUAGAAUAUUUGAAAAUUAUAGUUAUUGAAGAAUCUAAUGAUUCUUUUAUGAAUACUCUUCAGUAUUAAUACCAGCUUCAUCUGAGCUA